CUUCCGUAAGCUUUCUUCUAAGUGUGUCCUUCAACUACAGCCGCGAACGUAUGCUUUUUGACCUUUGAGGGAAUCCGUAAGAUCUCGUGAGAAGCGCAGCUUCUCGGGGACGCAAUCAUGGCCGCUCCUGUACGUAGCCACGGGGUUGUACUCUAAGGAAAAACGUGUUCUUUUUCACUAGUAGAAGUGACGUUGGUUUCAUAUUGACAACUUUAAAGCCAUUUGGAAGUGUUUCAGUGGAGAGCAAAAUGAAUAACAAAGCAGGCUCCUUUUUAUGGAACCUUAGACAAUUCAGUACAUUAGUUCCAACAAGCAGAACUAUGAGGCUAUAUCCUUUGGGACUUUGCAAACCAAAAAUAGUUCAUUCAAACUGGAACAUUUUAAAUAACUUUCAUAACAGAAUGCGAUCAACUGAUAUCUUUAGAUAUCUCUUUCAGGAUGCAUUCAUUUUAAAAUCAGAUGUUGGCUUUCAAACAAAGGGCAUAAGCACUGUAACCGCCCUUAGAAUUGACAGACCACUUUAUGCUAAAAGACUGUUUUUUGACUCAAAGCAUUCUCUUGUCUCUGUUGAUAAAUCUAAUGAUGGAUUGAAAAAAGUAAACUUUCAUCAUGAAGUCUCCAGUGAAGAUGUUCUUACCAAGGAAACAAAACCAAACCGUAUCAGCAGUAGAAAACUGUCUGAGGAAUGUAAUUCGCUGAGUGAUGUGUUAGAUACAUUUACAAAAGCGCCUACAUUUCCUAGUAGCAACUAUUUCACAGCAAUGUGGACAAUUGCCAAAAGACUGUCUGAUGACCAGAAGCGCUUUGAAAGACGACUGAUGUUUAGCCACCCUGCAUUUAAUCAGCUCUGUGAACAUAUGAUGAGAGAAGCCAAGAUCAUGCAGUAUAAGUACCUACUGUUCAGUCUUUACGCCAUAGUGAAGCUUGGAAUCCCUCAGAACACUCUUUUGGUACAGACUUUGCUGAGGGUGACCCAGGAACGUAUCAAUGAGUGUGAUGAGAGAUGCCUUUCAGUUUUGUCAAGUGUUUUGGAGGCAAUGGAGCCAUGCAAGAAUGUUCAUGUUCUACAAAUGGGAUUCAGAAUACUAGUUGAUCAGCAAGUUUGGAAAAUAGAAGAUGUCUUCACAUUACAAGUUGUGAUGAAGUGCAUUGGUAAAGAUGCACCGAUUGCUCUUAAGAGGAAACUGGAGAUGAAAGCCUUGAGGGAAUUAGACAGAUUUUCUGUUUUGAAUAGCCAGCGCAUGUUUGAGGUACUAGCUGCCAUGAAUCACCGAUCUCUUACACUCCUGAAUGAAUGCAGUAAGGUGGUCCUAGAUAAUAUCCAUGGGUGUCCUUCAAAAAUAAUAAUCAACAUAUUGCAGUCCUGCAAAGACCUCCAGUACCAUAAUUUAGAUCUCUUCAAUGGACUCGCAGAGUAUGUGGCUGCAACUUUCGACAUCUGGAAGUUGAAAAAAGUUCUUUUUAUCCUCAUUUUAUUUGAAAACCUUGGCUUUCGACCUGUUGGUUUAAUGGACCUGUUUAUGAAGAGAAUAGUAGAAGAUCCUGAAUCCCUAAACAUGAAAAACAUUCUAUCUAUUCUUCAUACUUACUCUUCUCUCAAUCAUGUCUACGAAUGCCAGAACAAAGAACAAUUCCUGGAAGUUAUGGCUAGUGCUCUGACUGGUUAUCUUCACUCUGUUUCUUCUGGAAACUUAUUGGAUGCAGUGUAUUCAUUUUGCUUGAUGAAUUACUUUCCCCUGGCUCCUCUUAAUCAGCUUCUGCAAAAAGACAUCAUCAGUGAGCUGCUGACAUCAGAUGACAUGAAGAAGAAUGUUCACAAGCUGCAUAUUUUGGAUACUUGUCUAAAACUUGAUGAUACUGUUUAUCUCAAGGACAUAGCCUUGUCACUCCCACAGCUUCCGCGGGAGCUGCCACCGUCACAUCCAAAUACAAAGGUGGCAGAGGUGCUGAGCAGCCUUCUGGGAGGUGAAGGACACUUCUCAAAAGAUGUGCACUUGCCACACAAUUAUCAUAUUGAUUUUGAAAUCAGAGUGGACACUAACAGGAAUCAAGUGCUUCCAUUUUCUGAUGUGGAUACAGCUUCUGCUACAGAUAUUCAAAGAGUAGCUGUGCUGUGUGUUUCUAGAUCUGCUUAUUGUUUGGGUUCAAGCCAUCCCAGAGGAUUCCUUGCUAUGAAAAUGCGGCAUUUGAAUGCAAUGGGUUUUCAUGUGAUCUUGGUCAAUAACUGGGAGAUGGACAAACUAGAGAUGGAAGAUGCAAUCACAUUUUUGAAGACUAAAAUCUAUUCAGUAGAAGCUCUUCCUGUUGCUGCUGUAAAUUUGCAAAGCACAUAAUCAAGUGAAAAUCAACCUGUCAUAUUAGGAGACAUGCAUUUGUAAAAAUAAUAAAGACAACAAUUCAGUUGUCAGUGGAAUUAACCUCUCUGCUAAGACAAAAAAAGUUACCUCAGUUCACUAUUAAAAUUAAUUUUAAGAAUGGAAGAAA